UCAUACAGGAGGACACAUGCCAGGCGGAAGCACCCACGCCGUUCAGCUUAAUGAUGAAGCCCAACCUGAUUCAGGAGUAGUAGAACUUCCCAGUUGUCCUUCAACGAUACCUCAGUCUGGAAAUUGAUCUCGACCAUCUCUUAUCGGGCGUCUUUCUACUGAGACUGAGGAAUGCUGCUGGACGAGACUCCUCUUUUCGAGCCCUCCCUGCUCAAGGAACUAGACUGGAGUAGUAACACUGUCGCCUUCUCUCCCCCACUGUCUCCAUCAAGCCCGGGGGAAGGCCUGGUGCUCAGGCCACUAUGUACAGCAGACUACAACAGGGGAUUCUUCAAAGUUCUAUCCCAACUAACUCAGACAGGUGAUGUUACACCUGAGCAAUUCUUCAAAAAGUUUGAGCAUAUGAAGGCAACAGGAGACUACUAUGUUGUGGUGGUGGAAGACACGAAUCUGGGACAGAUUGUUGCGACAGCUACGUUGAUAACAGAACACAAAUUCAUCCACUCCUGUGCUAAGAGGGGCCGGGUGGAGGAGGUCGUAGUUAGUGACAUGUGCAGAGGGAAGCAGCUGGGCAAACUGUUAGUUUCAACCCUGACUCUCCUCAGCAAAAAACUGAAUUGUUAUAAAAUCACACUGGAAUGUUCACCCAAAAAUGUAGCCUUCUACGAGAAGUUCAGCUACACGGCUUCAGACGAGACCUACAUGCAGUGUAGAUUUUUCGAUUGAGGACAACAGCAUCUUUUACCGUCCACAUCAGAGGCACGGACCACAUGUUUACACACCCUUAGCUGCAUUUAAAAACUUAUCUUAAGACUUGGGAGAGCUGCUGAGGAUGAGUUCUGAGGUUAUGACACAUCUGAAGCUCAUCUUGAUUUCAUCAUGUUGGACAUACUAAACAUAAACAUAUGUUGAAGCCCUCUGCCUAAAUCUACGUCAUCUUCCACCCCUUUGGUAAUCAUGGCUACCUCAGCAGGGUGGAGUUCUGUCGUCUUCUUCCCACGCCAUCUGAAGAAAGGAAGUUACUGCUAAUGUUAUGUUUUAGUGUGUUACAUUGUUAUGAAGUUAUUGGUUGCAAACUAAAUGAUAUCUGUGAAAACCAUGCAGCUGACUGUAAGUAAAUGUGUUUGCUAAGGAAAUGAAUGGGAAAAAAUUAAACUUUUUCAUUUCCGAAGCAAAACAGUUAUUUAAAUAUUAACUACAGGAAAGGCCAUAGCUUCUAAAAAUCACCAUUUCCACUACAAAGUUUAUCACCAAGAUAAAGAAUUUCACACCAGGUUUGAAUCUUAGUUUUAGUUGUCUCUGUUGUAUAAAUUACCAGAAAAACUCACCAAAGAAAAGCAGUCUUUUCUUUAUACCUGGUUAUUUUCCAAAGGGGUUUUGGGGGGUUUAUAUGUUUUUUUUUUCUUUUUUGGAAAAAGUGUUUUUUUUCUUUCAUUGUUGUAAAAAAAAGGAGAAAGUAUGACUUCAAGUCAUGAAGCAUUAUCAUUACGAAGGCUGCAAAUGUGUAAUAUUGAAAGAGAACAGAAAGCUCUAUUUUUUUGAGGCAGCAGUAAGGACAGAACAUAAACAUAAGGGUUGAAAUAUGUUGGCCAAUGGAUUGAAAUUUUUGUAUAUGUACACUUAUUUAAGUUUUGAUUAUUGUUUAUGGAGAAUGGGGAAAUAUUUAAUGUAAUUUAUUUAGUACACA